AUGCUGUCCAAGCUUCAGGUCGCUGCUAGCGCACUCACGCUUCUCAAUGGCGUCGCAUUGGCUGCUGCGCCUUACCAACAGCCUGACUGCACCAAGGAACCUCUCAAAUCCAAUGGCAUCUGUGAUACUUCACUCUCCCCAGCUGAGAGAGCUGCAGCGCUAAUCGCAGCCUUCACCCCGCGAGAGAAAGUCGACAAUCUUGUCAGCAACGCGACCGGUGCCCCAAGAAUAGGUCUUCCGAGAUACAACUGGUGGAACGAAGCCCUGCACGGCGUCGCCGGCGCUCCAGGGUCCGAAUUCGCAGACGAACCACCCUAUGAUGCCGCCACUUCCUUCCCCAUGCCUCUUCUAAUGGGCUCCUCCUUCGACGACGCCCUGAUUCAUGACAUCGGUGAAGUCAUCGGUAUUGAAGCUCGCGCUUGGAACAACGGCGGCUACGGCGGCGGUCUAGACUACUGGACCCCCAACGUCAACCCCUUCAAAGAUCCUCGCUGGGGUCGUGGUUCUGAAACGCCAGGUGAAGAUGCCCUGCACGUUAGUCGCUAUGCGAGAGCCAUGGUUCGUGGUCUUGAAGGUGAUAAGAAGCAGCGACGUAUCGUUGCUACUUGCAAGCAUUACGCUGGUAAUGACUUUGAAGAUUGGGGAGGCAAGACGAGACAUGAUUUCGAUGCCAAGAUCACGCCUCAGGACUUGGCAGAGUAUUAUGUCCGUCCUUUCCAGGAGUGUACCAGAGAUUCCAAGGUUGGAAGUAUUAUGUGUGCCUACAAUGCUGUCAAUGGAAUCCCUGCCUGCGCGAACUCAUAUUUGCAGGAGACUCUCCUCAGACAGCAUUGGAACUGGACACAUACCAACAAUUGGAUCACCAGUGAUUGCGGUGCUAUGCAGGACAUUUGGCAGCAUCAUAAUUACACCAAAACUGGAGCUCAAGCUGCCAAAGUCGCCUUCGAGAAUGGUCAAGACUCUAGCUGUGAGUAUGAGACUACCAAGGACAUCUCCGACUCGUACGAACAAGGUCUUUUGACUGAAAAGGUCAUGGACCGUUCUCUUCAGCGUCUAUUCGAAGGUCUUGUUCAUACUGGUUUCUUCGACGGCGAUAAAGCAGAGUAUGCUUCUCUCGACUUUGACGACGUCAACACAAAGCAUGCCCAAUCUCUUGCGCUCAAGUCUGCAGUACGCGGCGCGGUCCUGCUCAAGAACGAUGGCACUCUUCCUCUCAAGGUCAAGAAAGAUGAGAGUGUAGCGCUGAUCGGUUUCUGGGCUGAUGACGAGAAGAAGCUUCAGGGUGGAUAUAGCGGUCCUGCGCCCUACAUUCGCACUCCUGCUUAUGCGGCUAAGAAGCUGGGACUCAACGCCAAUGUCGCUUGGGGUCCUACUCUUCAAAACAGCUCUGUGCCUGAUAACUGGACUACCAAUGCUCUCGAGGCUGCUAAGAAGUCUGAUUACAUCGUCUAUCUGGGUGGUCUUGAUGAUAAGGCUGCUGGUGAAACAUUGGACCGAACGGAUCUUGACUGGCCCAAGACUCAACUGGAUCUUCUCAAGAAGCUGUCCAAGCUUGGCAAGCCUUUGGUUGUCGUUCAACUUGGUGAUCAGGUCGAUGAUACUCCUUUGUUAAAGAACAAGGCUGUGAACAGUAUCCUUUGGGUCAAUUUUCCUUCGCAAGAAGGUGGAACAGCAGUCAUUGAUCUCAUCACCGGUCGCAGUGCCCCAGCUGGUCGUCUCCCACUUACGCAAUACCCUAGCAAAUAUGUCAAGAAAGUCGGUAUGUUUGAGAUGGAGCUUCGACCUACAGAGAAGAGUCCUGGACGAACAUACCGAUGGUACAAAGACGCUGUCCUCCCCUUCGGAUUCGGAAAGCACUACACCACCUUCAAAGCCAAAUUCGCAUCCAAGAACCUAGAGAUGAACAUCCAGAAGGUUCUCAAGGACUGCGACGCCACAUACAAAGAUACAUGUGCUCUCCCACCUGUACAAGUCAGCGUCAAGAACACAGGCAAGAUAACAUCCGACUUUGUCUCUCUGGUCUUCAUCAAGAGCAAGGUCGGGCCCAAGCCUUACCCUCUCAAGACCCUGGCCGCGUAUACUCGUUCGCACGACAUCAAGCCCAAGGCGACCAAGGAGGUCAAGUUGGAGUGGACGAUGGAUAACAUUGCUCGACGUGAGAAGAACGGUGAUUUGGUUGUUUAUCCGGGAACUUAUACUUUGAUGCUUGAUGAGCCUACUCAGGCGGAGAUUAAGAUCAAGGUUACGGGUGAGAAGGUUAUUUUGGAUAAGUGGCCUGAGUAUCAUGGCAAUGAGUGA